AUGGACAAGAUUAGUAGGUUGCCUGAUGAACUGCUAGUGAAGGUGUUGACAUUUCUACCAACAAAAGAAGCUGUAUCCAGUAGCAUUUUAUCGAAACGGUGGGAGCAUAUCUGGAAGUGGUUGCCAAAACUUGAGUAUGAUGAUCAACAUUACUCAGAGUCUGAACGCAAGAGGCUACGGUGUUUCAUUGUCAGAAGUUUGCCUCUACAUAAAGCCCAUGUUAUUGAAAGCUUGCGUCUCAAGUUAAGCAAUUCACAUUAUUUUAAACCUCAAGUUAUCAAAUGGAUCGUUGCAACUGCGGUUUCUAGGAACGUGCGUGAGCUGGAUAUCUCUUAUUCUUCUUAUCCGGAGAAGUUAAACACAUUGCCGAGUAACGUGUAUACCAGCAAGUCACUUGUGGUUUUGAAACUCAGUGAUUGGAUUCUCUUGGCUGUUCCUCCUAUGGUUUGCCUUCCAUCUCUGAAGACUUUGCAACUUCAACAAGUGGCUUACUUCAAUGAAGAAUCUCUUCAACGACUUUUAUCUAAUUGCCCUGCUCUUGAAGAACUAAAAGUGGACAUAUGGAAGGAUGACAAUACAAGGAAGUUCACUAUCAUUGUCCCAUCGUUGCAGCGUUUAUCACUCUUUAUACCCUUUGAUUAUGGUAUUGAUGGGCUUGUGAUAAAAACACCUUCUUUGAAGUAUUUCAAACUUCGGGUUCAUAGUAGUAGUAGUCACUACUGCUUGGUUGAGCAUAUGCCUAACUUGAUCGAGGCAUAUAUAGAUGUUGAGUUCCCUAAUAUCAAGAGUCUUAUUGAAUCAAUCACAUCUGUCAAGCGUCUUGAAAUAUGCUUAGAGGUUCUGUAUGAAGAAGGAAUUGUAUUCAGCCAGCUUGAGCAUUUGAAGCUAUGUCGAUGCAAAGACUGUACAUCGAAUCUACUUGUCAGGCUCCUCAAAGAUUCUCCUAACUUGCGAGUACUAAACCUUUAUGAAAUGAUCGAUCAUUACUAUUGUGGCAUUAUUCCGUGGAAUCCACCAAGUACUGUUCCUGCAUGCAUGUUGUCGAGUCUACAAAUUUUUAACUGGUCGGCAUACUCAGGAGUACCAGGAGAGAGAGAUCUUGCGAUUUACAUGUUGAAAAAUGCUAGUCACCUAAAGACUGCAACAAUCUUGUCUGAUGAAUGUGAUAUUCCGGAACUUGAGAUGUUAAAGGAGUUGGCAUUUUCAUCCAGAGCUUCAACUACAUGCGAAUUCAUGUUUGAUUGA